AUGGGGAAUAUAGCAUCAACCAAAGGGAAAAAACGAAGACCUGUAGCUGCUCUUCCUCCACCAGCAUUCAGAUGGAUUGAUGGAAGACGUUUUAAUAAUUUACCAAAUACAGUUUAUCCAUUGCCAAGCGAUGAAAAAGAAUUAGAUAGGCUUUCACUACAACAUUUUCUGUAUCGGUUUCUUUGGAAGGGAAAUUUCUGUUCACCUGUUGAACGCAAACUGAAGACAGAUGGACUUAUUUUGGAUAUUGGAUGUGGUCCUGGUGCAUGGAUACUAGAGAUGGCGUCACAAUAUCAACGUGCUAAAUUCUUUGGACUGGAUUUUGUUCCUAUUUUUCCUGCUGAAAUCAAGCCUUCCAAUAUCACUUUUCUGCAAACCAAUGUAUUGGAAAAAUUACCAUUUAAGGACGGAUAUUUCGAUUUCGUUCAUUUGGGAUUAAUGAAUUUCGCGUUCACAGAGGACGAAUGGAAGUCAAAAGUCAUACCGGAAGUAAUUCGAGUUACUAAAGAUGGCGGAUGGCUGGAAAUUGAAGAAAUAGAUACUGCAUUAACUAAUUCUCCAUCUUCUUUGGUCCCAAUAACCGAUUUCUGGAUAGAAUACUUGGAAUCACAAGGGAUAAACCCACACAUUGCCGAACACACACUCGGUAAACUACUAGCAGACACCGAAAAAUUCUCCGAAAUACAUCAUCGAAUAGAAAUUAUUCCAUACACAGAACAGGCCGGACAAACAGGAAAAAUGGCCAAAGAUAACACCAUCCUAUAUUAUAAAACUAUCGCACCAAUAAUCAUCACUCAACUUGGAAACGUAUCUGCAACCGAGUAUGAAGAUGUGAUGCAAUCAUUACCUAGAGAAUUUGAAAUGUGCCGUUCGUAUCAUAAUAUGCAUCGGAUUUUUGCACAAAAAGCUCCGGCGGAAAUAGGAAUUGCGGGUGGUGCCGCGCUUAAUAAUGAAAUAUUAUAA